UCGGGGAUCCAGCUGUCCUUAGUGCUAUCCACAACACCCAGAGAGGCCUUCUCAGCUCCUCUGGAAUCAAGGCCUCUGGUGUGCUGGGGAUGUCCCCUGCUUCCUUGCACUUUCUGUGGCAGACGCUGGACUACCUUUCUCCAGUUCCUUUCCGGACUACCUUUCCCAGUGCCAGCUCUCCAGCACGGCACUUUGGACCUCAACUUCUCUCGCCAGACCCAGCUUUCUUCUGCAGCCUGCCAACCUCCUGGCUCCCUAGUUUCAGUCUGCCUAGCCACCUGACCCAGCUCCACCCUCAGCACCAACGGAUCCUGCAGCUGCAGCAACACAGUCGAACACCAAGUGCCCCAGCCAAGAAGCCUUGGUCUCAGCAGCCAGACCUCUAUGUUAACCUCAUGACCCGAAAGGAGAAGGACUGGGUGAUUAAAGUACAGAUGGUUCAGCUGCAGAGUGAGAACCCCCACCUGGAUGACUACUACUAUCAGGAAUAUUAUCAGAAACUAGAGAAAAAGCAGACAGAUGAAGAGCUACUUGGGCGAAGGAGCAAGUUUGAAUCACUCAAGUUGGUAACACCCUACAUUCAGAAGGCAGAGGCUUAUGAGUCAGUGGUUCGAAUUGAGGGUUCCCUGGGCCAAGUAGCUGUAUCAACGUGUUUUAGCCCUCGCCGAGCUAUUGAUGCUGUACCCCAUGGAUCUCAAGAUCAGGAGACAGGAGCUGCAAGCAGUCAGAGGCUUCAAGUGUUGGCCCGGAUUGAAAAGAUGUUUCUUCAGUUGCUGGAGAUAGAGGGCCAGAAGGACAGGCUGCCACAGGCCUGCUCCUCUGAACAACGGAACAACCAGAUUGAGAAGCUCUUCCAAGCCUUAAAGACCCCAGAGCAGAAUACUCUGGAGGAGGCAGCAGAUGGCUUCCUGCAGGUGCUCUCCGUGAGGAAGGGGAAAGCUCUAGUGGCAAGGCUGCUCCCUCUCCUGCCCCAGGAUCGAGCUGUUAGCCUUCUUCUGGCAAUCACCCACCAUUUGCCCCUCCUCGUCAGGAGGGAUGUAGCUGAUCAGGCUCUACAAAUGUUAUUCAAACCCCUGGGCAAAUGUAUCAGUCACUUGACCUUCCAUGAGCUCCUCCAAGGACUUCAGGGUCUAAUGCUGUUUCCACCUGGAUCCUCAGAGAGGCCAGUCACUCUGGUACUUCAGAACCAGUUUGGAAUAUCUUUGCUCUAUGCCCUACUAAGUCACGGGGAGCAGCUGGUAUCCCUAGAGUCCUCCCUUGAGGAGCCCAGCAGUGAUCAUACAGCUUGGACUGACAUGGUGGUUCUGAUUGCCUGGGAGAUAGCCCAGAUGCCAACAGCAUCUCUGGCAGAACCCCUAGCCUUCCCCAGCAACCUUCUUCCUCUGUUCUGUCACCAUGUGGACAAACCCUUGGUACAGCACCUAGAAGCUAGGAUGGAGUAAGUGAUGGUAGAAAUGAGGUUAUAGCCCCUUGUUCAAGCCCUGUAUAGGUUCUGUCAUUUCUUUUAAGCCAAGAAUAUGGAGGAUAACUUGUAUUUAGAAGUAGUUCUAUACACUUUAGCAUUUACCCAGUAAUCCGUCUGUCUAGGUUAGGGUCCUGAAGCCUAUUUCUUCAGCCAAACCUUUUAAUUUAUUCCCAGUUCCUUUG